CUCCGUCUUGCGUCAUGCGCGUUCAAGUGGACGUGCUCGUGCCCGCCUGCUGCGUCAUUUGCGCGCCUCCUCGCUCCCGAUGCACCUCUUUUCCCGACACGCAGAAGAUAGAUGUUUCGAUUUCAGUCCCUGGAUGACGACUGUACGUUGGAGGAGGAGGAUGAGGGACUGAAAGAGGAGGAAGAUGAAAUUGAUCAAUUCAAUGAUGACACCUUCGGCGCUGGGGCCAUCGAUGACGACUGGCAGGAGGAGCACAAGCGCCUGGCCGAGCUCGACUGUUUAGGAGCGGGGCUGGUGGGAGAAGCUGAACACACGUCCGCCCAUCUCCCUCCCUCGGCGGGCCGCCUCCCCGUCCCGUCUGCUCUCGGCUUCUCCUCAUCAUCGCCUGGACUUCCUCCACAAGAUGCGGACGACCGAGCAGGAGGAGGUGGCCUGGCCGAGUCGCUGGCUCGGUUCAUCCUGGAUGCCGACCCAGCCAUCGCGGGAGUUGGAGCGGCUGAGCGGCCCUCUCCCGGCUCCACAGGGUCCGGCCUGUCUGCCCUACACGGGCUGGACCAGUCCAGAGUCCUGGACCAGUCCAGAGUCCUGCCACAGCCCGCCUCCAUCCCACACCCUCCCCACCCCCAGCAGCUGCCCCCCGGACCGUCAGCCUCAGGACUUCCUUCUCUGUCCAUGAUCAACUUCCAACAGCAGCACCUGCUGCGCGCAGGCCCCGCCCCCAUCAGCAAGAUGAAUUCUCACAGUAUCUGGGAGAACAACAUGGGCUUUGGUCCGGUCAGCGUGACGCCUGGACUCCUCACGCACAUGGAGGACAGUCCUCUGAUGUCCAUCAUCAAAGAGGUGGGUCUUCCUAAACGGCCUCCUCAAGGUCGAAACGAUGAAGGACGAGACCUUUCGGAGAGGGUCCCGCCUCCGCGCUCCUCUUCUCCUGUGAUUGGCUCCCCCCCGGUCAGGGCGGUGCCUAUUGGGACUCCGCCCAAACAGCCAAUGACCCACGCCCUGAAUCAUCAGAUCCACCAUCCCACGGCGGUUCACGUGAGAGCGCCGGUCCAGCACAGAUAUCCCACUCCUUUCCCUGAGCGCCUGUCACCCAACACCCUCCUCAACAUAGCUAACUCUCCCCUGUGUCGCGGCCCCUUCCCUCCCAGAGUUGGUCCAGUUCUGUCGCAGAUCCAGCGAGCUCAGCUGCUCAACUCUCAGGUGGCAGGUUUUCCCCGCGGCGGCCCGGCCCCUCCUAUGUUGCCUGGGGGCUUCAGGCCGUUCUUCGGGGGACCUCCUCCUCCACACGGCCACAGGAUGGGCCCGCUGCCUCACGGCCCCCCCGUGCACGGGGCCCCCAUCCGACACAACACCACGCACCUGCACCCGCAGCACCGCCGCAUGCUGACCCAGCGCAUGCAGAGUCGAGGAGGGGACCGCGUGAGGGCGGGGGGCGACCGACGCAGCCGGGACCCCUACAGUAACCUGAUGACUCAGAAGGAGAAGGAGUGGGUCACCAAGAUCCAGAUGAUGCAGCUGCAGAGCACCGACCCGUACCUGGACGACUACUACUACCAGAAUUAUUAUGAAAAGAUGGAGAGGCGUCAGGACAAGGAGCGCGACAGCAGCAGUAAGAAGGAGCACACAACCAAGCUCAUCACGCCUCAGGUGGCCAAGGUUGAACACACCUACAGACCAGUCCAGUUCGCAGGUUCUCUGGGGAAGCUGACGGUGUCCAGCGUCAACAACCCCCGCAAGAUGAUCGACGCCGUGGUGACGACUCGCUCGGACGACGAGGAGAACAGGGAGAAGCAGGUGUGGAACAAGAGGCGGCAGAUCCUCUACACGGUGGAGAAGAUGUACAGCCUGCUCCUGGAGGUCCAAGACUUCGAGAAACGCUUCGUCCAGACUCCCGAGGAGGACCGCGAGACUCUGCUGGAGCAGCACAAGACCAACACGGAGCAGCUGUGCAGCUCCCUGCAGGACAAGGACUGGGAGGACAGGGUCGGCGAUGAGCAGUGUGUGCUGAUCAUGUCUGUGAGGAAGGGCAAGCGGCUCAUCGCUAGGCUCCUCCCAUUCCUGCCCCCGACCCAGGCCGCUGCUGUUGUCACGGCGAUCGCCCGCAACCUCCCCGCCUUAGUGAAGAAGGACAAACAGGAGCAGGUCCUCUGCUGCUUAGUGGAGCCGAUUUCUGCCGUCAUUCAGGCGUUGUCGAGCUCCGCCCUCACAGACCUGCUGCAGGAGCUUCAAGGCAGCGAGGGCCAGCUGGCUGCAGUCCUGCAAAACAAGUUGGGGGUGACGCUGCUGUACCUGAUCCUGAGUGAAGGUGAGAGGAUGCAGAGCUCCGAGCCCGACUGCCAGCUGAUGGACGACAACCGCUGGACUGAGUUGGUGUUUUCGGUGACGAGGGAGCUGCUCAGCAUCCCCCCCUCCUCCCUCUGUCCCCCCAUCUUCACGCCUCCCAACCUGCUCUCCCUUUUCUCACGUUACGUGGAUCGCCAGAGGUUGGAGCUGCUGCAAGACAAGCUACAGAUCACUGAUUUGUCCAGGUAGAGGUGACUACAACAUCCACGCCCCUCCCUCGCAGAACACCUGUGUGUGUGUGUGUGUGUGUGAGAGAGAGAGAGAGAAAGAGAGUGUGUGUGAGUUUGUUUGUGUGUUUGCUCUUGAGGUGAAACCAGGGAGGAUCAUUUUAAUGCAGCAAAAUCUGUCGUUUUGUGGUGUGUGUGUGUGUGUGUGUGUGUGUGUGUGUGUGUGUGUGUGUGUGUGUGUGUGUGUGUGUGUGUGUGUGUGUGUGUGUGUGUGUGUGUGUGUGUGUGUGUGUGUGUGUGUGUGUGUGUGUGUGUGUGUGUGUGUGUGUGUGUGUGUGUGGACACACCGCGUGAACAGUCUGAAUGACGAUGACAAUGGAUUCUGCAUUUUUAAAUAUCUUGUUUACGAUUAUGCCUGUGAUAAAAUUAAAAGUAUUUCUAUUCUAUA